AUGGGUGUCAAGGAGUUCUUCCACAAGCGGUCGUUGCGCCAAAAGGACGACGUGCGCACAAACGCCGCCGAGCUGACGCUGAAAGAGUCCAUCUUCCCCAUCUUUCUCGUCACCAUCCUGUUCUUCCUCUGGGGCUUCUCCUACGGUUUACUCGACACUCUCAACAAGCACUUCCAAGAGACGUUAGGCAUCAACCGAGCGAGGUCUUCCGGCUUGCAGGCUGCAUAUUUUGGAGCCUACCUCAUCGCCAGUCUCGGCCAUGCCGCGUGGAUCCUGAGACAUUGGGGCUACAAGGCCACCUUCGUCUUCGGACUGUUCCUCUACGGCCUCGGCGCCCUCAUCGCGAUUCCGUGCAUCAUUGCCAAGAGCUUCGGCGGCUUCUGCGCCGCCAUCUUCAUCAUCGGAAACGGCCUCGGUUCUCUCGAGACGGCCGCGAACCCGUACAUCACCGUCUGCGGCCCUCCCAAGUACAGCGAGAUCCGAAUCAACAUCUCCCAGGCCUUCAACGGCAUCGGCACCGUCGUCGCCCCCGUCAUGGGCUCCUACGUCUUCUUUGCCUUCGACGACAAGCGCGCCCUCGAGAACGUCCAAUGGGUCUACCUCGCCAUCGCCGUCUUCGUCUGGUCUCUUGCCAUCGUGUUCUGGCUCGCCAAGAUCCCCGAGAUCACGGAUGCCGACAUGGCCUUCCAGGCUUCCGAAACUCACGCCACCGUUGAUGACAAGCCCUUCAGGAAGCAGUAUCGUCUCUUCCAUGCCUCUUUUGCGCAGUUUUGCUACACUGGCGCCCAGGUAGCCAUCGCCGGCUUCUUCAUCAACUACGUGACCGAACUCCGUCCCAACACCGACAGUGCUCUCGGCUCCAAGUUCCUCGCCGGCGCUCAGGCGGCUUUCGCGGUCGGUCGUUUUGUUGGUGUCGGUAUCAUGCACUACAUCAAACCCCGCUGGGUCUUCCUCGCCUUCAUCUCCAGCUGCAUCAUCUUCAUCGCACCCGUCAUCACCCAGGUGGGCAACACUGGCAUGGCGCUGCUCUACAUGGUCUUCUUUUUCGAGUCCAUCUGCUUCCCGACCAUCGUGGCGCUUGGUAUGAGAGGUCUUGGCAGACAUUCGAAGCGGGGGAGUGGUUUCAUCGUUGCUGGUGUCUCCGGUGGCGCCGUCGUACCCCCUCUUCUCGGUGUUGUCGCUGAUGCCAAGGGCAUGGGUACCGCCAUGGUCAUUCCUCUCGUCUUCUUUGUGCUGGCAUGGUCCUACGCCUUUGCCGUCAACUUUGUUCCCAGAUACCGCAACAUCGCCGACGCUUUCAGCGCUACCGAGGUUGGCAUUCGCCCGACUGACGCAGAUGGAGAGAAGGGCAGGGUCGAGGCUGUCGAAGACAAGCAAACCAAGAACGCCAUCCCCACUCUUCCAUGA